CCCCCCCUCCAACUACAACACGCACCUCCACGCCCACCAAGGCGAGACGCGUCCUUCGCGGCGCAACUCCGCCGGAGUCCACACGCAACUCGAAGCGAACACGGCGACCAGAUGGCCCCGUGGACAUUUUUUCUUGUCAUGUGCGCGUUUCUUCGUGGCUACGAGUCGGUGGAAUCGGCGCAUCCGCACACGCUCCACGGCUGCUGCGAGGAUGGCAAGGAGAGGGCUCGAACCCUGACCGACUGCGAUGACCUUCCCUACAUCUCCCACUACCACGCCUGCAGGCUGGCGCAGGAACAGUGCUGCGUCGCCGUCGCCGAGCGGCGGCUGUGCGACGAAGGCGCCUCCAUGGCCAACUGGCAGGGGGCUUGCGAGAGGCACUUCUUCCCCGGGAAGCCUUGGGAAAAUCAAAUCGCCACGAGGUGCUGCGACUGCUGCAUGUUGGGCAUGGCGUCGGCGGACCAAGACCCGGAUUGCGGCUUGAGUUACAUGGCCCUCGGGAUCGAGUGCGAGGAGGUUGCCAGAAACUGCUGCGCCAAUCACACCGCGGGGGGGUUUAAUUCGACUGCAGUGAAUAUGAGCGCACCGCUUCCAUUCGACGGUCCCACCGUGCCCCAAGUGAAUUUCACCAUCGUGCCUCUCCUGGCACCACACAACUGUUCAGUCAUGAAUUGCACGCAUCGUUGCAUCGAGGACGGCAUGUGUGCCUGUUACGUCGGUUAUCGACUGGGACGCGACGGGACGACCUGUGAGGAUAUCAACGAGUGUCUGCUCGGUGCGCACAACUGCAUAGCCAGCCAAGCGUGCAUCAACACGGAAGGCUCGUUCCGCUGCCAACGGGAAGGCAACUGCGGCACCGGUUUCGAGCUCACGGACAGUAACCAGUGCGAAGACGUUGACGAAUGCGCUUUGGGCAUUCACAACUGCGGAGUGGACUUUGAGUGCACCAACACCGAAGGUUCCUUCCAAUGUGACCCCAAGAACAAGUGUUCCGAUGGGUUCAUUCGAGACCUUUUCGGCAGCUGCAUCGACAUCGACGAGUGUGUGGCCCCCCCGAAUCCGUGCCAGCCCGAUCACACGUGCAUCAACACGCCGGGCUCGUACCAUUGUCGCAGGAACACGAUCACGUGCAGACGAGGCUACCACCUGGACGCCAACGGCACCCGCUGCGAAGAUGUCGACGAGUGCCAGGCGGAUAUCUGUCGGGGCCACGGCUGCGUCAACAUGGUGGGCACAUACCGCUGCAACUGCAAUAGCGGCUUUGUGUUCAACAGCAUCCACAGGCUCUGCGAAGAUAUCAACGAAUGCAAACAUUAUCCCCGGAAGUUAUGCGCCCACACGUGUGAAAACACGGAGGGGUCUUACAAGUGCAGCUGCUCCACUGGAUUUCAGCUAUCCUCCGAUAACACCAGUUGUGAAGACGUCAACGAGUGCGAGUCCAACCCAUGCAGCCAGGAGUGCGCCAACGUCUACGGCUCCUACCAGUGCUACUGCCACCGUGGUUACCAGCUGAGUGACAGCGAUGGGAAAACAUGUGAAGAUAUCGACGAGUGUGCGCUGCCCAACGGUAACCAAGUGUGCCCUUACCGCUGCUUGAACUCACCGGGGAGCUUCGACUGCUCCUGCCCGCCUGUGGGGUACACCCUGGCGUCUAACGGGCGCACGUGCCAAGACAUUGACGAGUGUGCAAGCGGAAGCCACUCUUGCGACGCUUCGCAGAGCUGCUUCAACAUCCACGGAGGAUACCGAUGCUUGGUCUUUCAUUGUCCUCCCUUCUACCGGCAAGCGGCACAAAGCCGUUGCGAGCGCGUAACCUGCGAGUUGACGCGGGACCCCGCGUCGUGUUUCUCGUUGCCCCUGAGAAUCGACUUCUACAACGUCGCGCUCCCCGCCAACACGCCCAUCCCCGUCAACGUCUUCCGGAUGGGCCCCGCCAGAGCCACACCCGGCGACCUAACGCAACUGAUCAUAGCUUCCGGAGACGAGUGGGGCUACUUUGAAGCCCGCGGGGAAAUGAUCACGCUGCGACGCACCGUGACCACGCCUCAGGACUUCUUUUUGACGCUGGAGAUGAGGCUGACUCGCUCCGGGACAACCCACCUGUACGUGGCCAAGGUCGCUGUGUUUGUCACACGGAUGCUACUGAAUCAACCUUCAACAGCGGAACCAUUAUAGAAGAAGAACCAAGGCCCCCUUACUCCAUUCUCAUUUUCUUCCACCUUUUAUUAGCACCAAGGGGACAUUUCGAGGAUCCUAUGUGAUUCAUUUUUGUGUCUUCUUAUCAUUUUUCCCUUUUUUUGGUGUAUCGCAGCUACUUUCAAACAGAGCUUCCAGAAAGAAAUUGUGCCCACUUUAUUCACACAUAUUAUAAUAUGUACGCGGACGAGAUCACAGUAUGCAAAAUGGCGUCGGCUAUCUGCGACAUUUAAUCACCGCGAUUGGCUGUUAGCUUGCAAAUUGGUCAAAUCAAAUCAGCACUGGCUUUUAUUUGAUUCGGAAAUUAGGUGCCAAGAUGCUUUUUUUUUAUUUGCUAUUUG